GUAUGUCGAAUGUAAUCCGAGGUUAUCCGAUGAAAACACUUGUGUUCUAUGUCUAGGACCAAAGCAUUCGUAUAAAAUAUUGAGGCGGGCCCUUGCGGCUUCUGCACGACGAGUAAUUUGGCUGCAUGGCGUGGCCACACUGGGCAAAUAAAUAUCCCGUCACAGUGAAAAAAACUUAUCUCAAAACAUAACUCAACUUUUCACCAACUAUAUUAUAUUUUAAUAUUGUUAUUAAAAUAUAUACCCACAUUUUAAUUGUAUUAUAUUGUUAUUUAUGUGUGUACAUAGAUGUGCCUGUAUUAAUUCACUAUUGUAUUAUAUUAUUUGAUACUGUGAUUCUGUUCAUCGGACUAUUGGUAUUUUUUUCGGGGGUUUUUUUUCUCCGCUUAACGUUCGUAGUGAUAUUUUCUUGUCGUGCGUCCCGAUUGAAAAAAUAUUACUUCUUAAAAAGAUAGAACGCGUAUCCCGUACCACCUUGUUGCGUGUCCACAACAGCUAGCCGGCUCGAUGAUGAUUUCAAUUAAUUGAGGGUACGACGAACCUUGUUUGUUUUGGUGUUCGGCAGUAGACAUUUCAUUCUCUUCGACGAGUAUUUCCGUGUGUCCCACAUCGCCAGCGUCGACGACGGUAGUUUUACGUGGACUGAAUACGAAAUUCGUUAACAACAUUCGAAAAUGACGUUUUUUGGUCUUGGGCAGACAGCAGAGUUAGAAAUAGUCUUAGAUCGACCAGAUGGAAAGAAGAAACUGGAUGAAAGCAGUAAAAAGGAUCAAAGUUUAAUAUAUUAUGAUGGAGAAACAGUAUCUGGAAAGGUUAAUGUGAUACUAAAAAAAUCUAGCAGUCGUUUGGAACAUCAGGGUAUUAAAGUUGAAUUCAUAGGACAAAUAGAAAUGUACUAUGACCGAGGUAACCAUCAUGAGUUCACAUCACUAGUCAAGGAACUGGCGAGGCCUGGUGAAAUGUUGCAGAAUACUUCUUUUAAUUUUGAAUUUUUAAAUGUAGAAAAACCAUAUGAAACAUAUACUGGUUCUAAUGUGAGACUAAGAUACUUUUUGAGAGUUACCGUUGUACGAAGAAUCUAUGACAUUGUUAAAGAAAUUGAUAUUAUUGUACAUACCUUAUCCUCUUAUCCUGAUAUGAAUAAUAGUAUAAAAAUGGAAGUAGGAAUUGAGGAUUGUUUACAUAUUGAGUUUGAGUAUAAUAAGUGCAAAUAUCACUUAAAAGAUGUUAUUGUGGGUAAAAUUUAUUUUCUACUAGUACGGAUAAAGAUAAAACACAUGGAAAUUGCUAUAAUUAAAAGAGAAACUACAGGAUCUGGUCCAAAUACAUUUAAUGAAAAUGAAACUAUAGCUAAAUAUGAAAUUAUGGAUGGAGCUCCUGUUCGAGGAGAAAGUAUUCCUAUUAGAGUAUUUCUUGCUGGUUAUGAUCUCACACCUACUAUGAGGGAUGUGAAUAAAAGGUUUUCAGUCAGAUAUUUUUUAAAUCUUGUUCUAAUGGAUGAAGAAGAUAGACGCUAUUUUAAGCAACAAGAAAUAACAUUAUGGCGAAAAGGAGAAAAAAAUUUAAAAGGGUUGCAAAAUCGUAAUGAACCUUCUCAUUUAGUAUCUGGAAAAGAUGGACCUAAAGGAAGUGAAGCUCCUCGAACUACUUCUCAAUCAAUUCAACCAUCUGGUUCAAUUGAUAAUACUGACUCAGAAAAUGAUCACAAUCAUUCCCCAAUGAAUGAAAAUGUUGAACAGGUACGUUCGUCAAUUGAAGAUAGUACUAGUGAAUAA